UUUUAUGACAAAAGGUUAUCGAUCUUUUCGUCAACUAGUUACUACAACGUUCUGGGUAGCUUUUUGUACUGAGGCAAGGAAAGCGUGCAAUAUCCCAACGUACUCUGGUCAAAAACGUGUUUUAUUUCCCAAACUUGAUAAUGUUCAAAUUUUUUGGCCUUGCCCUUUUCUAUACCUGGCAAGAAUGAGUCUUCAAAAACACUCCUUGAAGACAACAAUUAGUCAUAUUUCGUCCACCCGAAUAAAGUCAUCAUUGUUUGGUAGUUGUAUGGCAACGCAUACCCAUUACCAAUGCCACGGGAUCGCUCUUAUUCUCCAAAUAUAUCCAGUCCAAUAAUCGAAGCAGAGAAGCUUAGACAGUCUAAGGCCAUGAUUCCACCCAACCGAACCAUAUUUUUGAGCUUAGGUGUACUUUUUACCCUUACGGGUGUCAUUGCCCUAAUCGCAUAUAGUGUGCUUAUCGCCUACAUUCCGGAUUUUUGGUUCGUUAGAAACUACUACUUCAAUAUAUGGACAUCCAUUUUUAUCUUGUAUUUUGGAAUACAAGUUCUGAUUGAAGCCAAAUCCGGACCCUGGUUUGAUUCCAAAGUAUGCAAAUUCCUCGAUGUUAGUUUUUCCGCCUAUUGCUUGCUCUGUUUCCUGGCGAGUUCCGCGCUCUUCUUCAUCUUUGGACGUAUCGACUUGGGGGUGUGGUACAUCGUACUCGUUGCUCUCAUGGCAAUGAACAUCGUUGUGGUUUUGGUCCCCAUGAACGAGGUGUCCAAAGUAGGAAUGUUCGGGGACGCAGACGAAAAUGAUCCGGGCAAUGUGAGCUCUUGUUGCACUUCAAGCUUGAGAGUUAUGAAUUGGUUCUUUCGAGGGAUAUUUUUCAUUUUGGUCGGUCUAGCUACAAUUUCAGCCGUAUUGCAUGGUUUGGGGGUCAUUGCAUUUUGGCCUGAAAAUGGGAAAUUCCUGAAUCUCCACCUCGACCAAGAUCAAAUGCAGAAGGUUCAUUACGUUUGUGAAGGAUCCAGCUCAAAUGAAGCAGCCACCGUCAUUUUCGAAAGCAGCGCCAGUCAUGGUUUGGCGGAUUGGAUCGGCAUUUUGAAAGCAAACGCGGAAAAGCGGCGAAUUUGCGUAUGGGACAAACCAGGUCUUGGAUGGUCGGAUUAUCUGUAUGGUUAUCAAAAAGAGCCCAGCAAUUACUAUGGCGCCCUCUUAAGAGCCUUGAAGGAGGCUGAGCCCAAUUAUCAACCCCCCUAUGUUGGCGUUGGCUGGGGUGGAGGUGGAGAAACGUUGUGGAAAUUUGCCAUCUCCCAGCCAGAGGCUUUCAAGUCCUUAGUUCUUUAUGAGGUGGCGCCGCCGGCAAUCAAUUUGAAAAUAAGGCGGAACUUGGAAUCUCUUGAUGAAGAUACAUAUUCUGAGCUCAAAAAGAUAAAUACCAGAUUUAGACAUCUAGCACUAAGACUUAUGAAUGUACUAUUGGUACCCAUGGGGCUGUCUAGUUUAUUGAGCUUUUUCGAAAGCACUGUUUAUCAUCCAGACCAUUGGUCUCACCAUAGCAUUUUAGAAAAAAGUUGGUUCAUGGCGACGGAAAAAACUUGGAUCAGUCAAGCCACUGCAAUGCAGGAGUUGGGAAGGACCAAUAUGGACAACUCUACAUUCACGACCAGAAUUAGUUCCAAUAUUGACGUACACUUAAUCUUCACCCAAUGGACUGAAAGCGAAGUCAAAAACAUCAAAUGCAAGUCGGAAGGCGUGAUUGGUGGCAAGGAUGAAGAGGAGUGUAAAUAUGCCGUUGACUUCGAAUUGGCAUUAGCCAAAGCCAAAGAAGAUCUUAUACCGAAUCCUCGAAAACGAAUCCGAUGUCGAGAACAACAAUGUGGGUUGGCAUAUGGCAUUUUUGAAAACCCCCAAUUCUUAUUAGAUAAUAUUCCCAAUUGAUUAUUUGGAUUUGUUAAACUGUCCUCUUGACCAUGCAUAAACUGUUGAUGAGGGAUGCGAUAAAGUAUUUUGUUUUAAAAGUU